GCCUUUCUCAGCUGCUUGCCACGGGUGAAGAUGAGAAGCCAAAGCCGGCGCAGGGAAGGGGCGGGAGGGCCUUCCAGGCUGGCCGUCCCCUCGGAGCUGCCCGGGGCCGCGAGGGCGGGGAGACAGCCGGGAGCCAGCCCACAGAUCCUCCGAGGGCGCGGGCCUGGAGGAGGCGCCCCAGGGGGCGGCGCCUCUCGGAGGAAGUUUGCGCUCGGGCUGCGGAGCCCAGUCCUCCGUCUCCGCCGCCUCCGGGAGCGAGCGGCGUGCGCCCACGGGAGCUGUCCGGCCGCGCGCGGUGCGGGCCUGGCCGCCGCGCUCAGCCUCGCCGCACCGGCGCCAUGGGCGGCGCGGCCUCCAGCCAGCUGGACGAGGGCAAGUGCGCCUACAUCCGAGGGAAAACUGAGGCUACCAUCAAAAACUUCAGUCCCUACUACAGUCGCCAGUACUCGGUGGCUUUCUGCAACCAUGUUCGCAGUGAAGUAGAACAGCAAAGGGAUUUCACAUCACAGCUUCUGAAGACCAAGCCACCAUUGGAGCCUGGAACCGUUUUGUAUGAAGGAGAGUUGUCACAGUUUGUGGAAGACAUAAAGAAAUGGAAGGAGCGAUACAUUGUGGUUAAAACUGAUUUUGCUGUGGAGAGCUAUGAAAACAAAGAGGCCUAUCAGAAAGGAGCUGCUCCUAAAAGCCGAAUUCUUCCAGCUGGUGGCAAGGUGUUGACCUCAGAAGAUGAAUACAAUUUAUUGUCUGAUCGGCUUUUCCCAGACCCUAUUGUGUCCAGUGAGAAGGAGAACGCCCAGCCCUUCGUGGUCCUGCCAAAGGAAUUCCCAGUGUACCUGUGGCUGCCGUUCCUCAGACACAGCUACUUCUGCUUCCAGGAGGCCGCCGACCAGAGGAGGUUCAGCGCUCUGCUGAGUGACUGCAUCAGGCACCUGAACCGCGAUUAUAUGAAGCAGACAGCGUUUGAAGCCCAAGCCUUUUUAGAUGCUGUGCAGUUCUUCCGACAGGAGAAGGGACACUAUGGCUCUUGGGAAAUGCUCACUGGGGAUGAAAUCCAGAUCCUGAGCAGCCUGGUGAUGGAGGAGCUGAUGCCCACCCUUCAGACAGACCUUCUGCCUAAAAUGAAGGGGAAGAAGAACGACAGAAAGAGGGCCUGGCUUGGUCUCCUCGAGGAGGCCUACAACCUGGUUCAGCAUCAAGUUGCAGAAGGAUUCAGUGCUCUGAAGGAGGAAUGCAGAAAUCUGAUGAAGGGCCUGGAAGGAACCAUCCGUUCAGACAUGGACCAGAUUGUGAACUCAAAGAACUUUUUAAUCGGGAAGAUCAAAGCGAUGGUAAUGCAGCCAGCAGAGAGCAACUGUGCGGAGAAUGUGCAACCGUUCUUGGCGUCCAUUCUGGAGGAGCUCAUGGGACCUGUGAGCUCGGGAUUCAGUGAAGUACGCUCACUCUUUGAAAAAGAAGUGGAUGAACUCAGCCAGAACUUCCAGACCACCAAAGACAGUGCACGGCUCAAGGAGCAUCUAGACCAGCUUAUGAAUCUGCCACUGGAUUCUGUGAAGAUGGAGCCUUGUUACAUUAAAGUCAACCUGCUUCAGGAACGCUUGCAGGACCUCAAGAGCCGCUUCAGGUUCCCCCACGUCGAUCUCGUGGUUCAGAGGACACAGAACGACAUGCAAGAGCUGAUGGAGAACGCGGUGUUCACUUUGGAGCAGUUGCUGUCGCCUCAUCUCCAAGGAGAGGCCUCCAAAACCGCAGUGGCCAUUGAGAAGGUGAAGCUCCGAGUCUUAAAGCAAUAUGACUAUGACAGCAGCACCACCCGGAAGAGGAUAUUUCAAGAGGCCCUGGUUCAGAUCACACUUCCCACUGUGCAGAAGGCACUGGCGUCCACGUGCAAACCCGAGCUUCAGAAAUACGAGCAGUUCAUCUUCGCAGAUCACACCAAUAUGAUCCAUGUUGAAAAUGUCUAUGAGGAAAUUCUGCAUCAGAUCCUCCUUGAUGAGACUCUGAAAGUGAUAAAGGAAGCUGCUAUCCUGAAAAAACACAAUUUAUUUGAAGACAACGUGGCCUUGCCCAGUGAAAGCGUUUCCAGCUUAACGGAUCUAAAAACCCCUGCAGGGUCAAACCAGGCCAGCCCUGCCCGGAGAGCCUCAGCCGUUCUACCAGGCGCUCUGGACACUGAGAUCCCGAGUAACGAAGUGUUCCAGGAGUCAGAGGAAAGCAGGCAGCCUGGGGUCCCUGGUCCACCAGCCAAAGGAGAAGGCCUUUCUUUUCUUGCACCCAGCCCUCCCCCAGGUGGGGAUGGGCAGGUGAUCAUUUCGAGCAUGGAUGACCCCAUUGUGAAUCACGUGGCUGCAGAGGCCACGGCAGGAGCCCCGGGCACACUGUCGUCGCAGCUGGAGGCUGGAGGGACUCCCGAGGGUGAAAGGCCCCCUGGCGAAAUGCCAGAGCCCAGCUCCUCCACCUCUGGCUCCUUGAAGGAGAUCAGAAAUUUGUUGACGGUGACCCUUGAAGUACCAGUGGAGUCCUCUGCCCUUGAGAUUGAAAAAGAUACAAAUAAGGAGAUCCCUGUUGCCCAAGAAAUUGGAAAAGAAGAGGAAAUGGCCCAGAUCUACACAAAAGCCAAUCAAGAAGCUGCCUGCAGUCAAGACAACUAUGAAGAAAAUGAAGUCAGUGAGAAGGAGGCCGGUUCUCCCUCUCCGGAGGCCGAGGCUGGCGGGGUGGAGUCAGGGGCAUCUCUGGAGGCUCAGCUGGCCUGUGGAGUGCUCGCAGAGAGCACCGGAGGCCCGGGCCCCACAGAGGAGAAAGCAGAGGCCGGGGAGCCCUCUGACAGGGAGCUUGCAGGUCAGGCAUCCAGCCCAGAAGCCCAUGGAGAAGGGGCUGAGCGCCCUGUAGAGGGUGAGGCUGUGCCACAAGAUUGCACCUCAAGUUCUGACCCUAUCUACUCCAAUGAGAGUCAGGUCUCUGUGGAAGAAGCAGUGGCAGAAGGGAACCCCAGCCCGGCCCAGGCUGCUGCCGGCGGGGGUGCCGAGGAGUUUAAGGCUGCCCACGUUCACGGGUGUGAGUGGGUGGUCGAGAACCCUCCAAACACCGAUGUCCUAGAUGCACAGAAAGAGGAUGCUAGUGAGAGCGCCCCAGAGCAGCCCUCAGAGGAGUGAGCGACAAUCUGGCAAAACAGACUCAGACAAAGGGUUAUGAUUAUGGGUAUGCUUAGGGGGUCGCAUGAGAGUUGUUUCCCAAAAAAGAAAGGUAUUAGGUAUUUCCUUAAUUUGUGUAACGAAAGCAGAGGAAAAUUCGGCCGCGAGCACCGAGGCAAAUCUUUGUGGAACUGAAUUGUUCUACCACGAAUUAUUGCUUUAGCAUUUUAGUAGGAUUUACAAAGGUAAUGGUGUGUUUGGGUGUCCGAGGGAGGGAACGGUGUCACAAUGAAGACCAAGAAAGCAGUAGGAGCACGGUUUUUAAUAUAUUCUGCACAUUUUCUUCUAAUGCACUUUAAGGAUUUUUAGUUUUUUUGUAAGAAUGCAAACAUAUAGUGUAAACCCAGCCUCACCAUCUACUGUACCAACAUCACCAUCUCUUAAGGACUCAGCAUUCACCCACAGUCAGGCUGUAAGAAAGGGUAGGUGGUGCUCACCCGUUACCUCUGCUGUGUGCAGCCCCCCAGAGCCUGAGAGAUUAUGCCUCAGAGAUCCCAGGGGAAGAGAGCAGAAAUGGAGGAAGGUUGUGGUCUACGGGACUGUCUGAGCCUGUUGCUAAUUCUAUCAACCUCUUUUUAAUUAAUCUUGUUGAUUCUUAUUAAUGCAUCACCUUUUGGGAAAAUCAAGAUGAGGCAAGAAAAUUUCCUUGGCAUGUUUCAGCCUGGAAGCAUUCCAGAUUAGCCUUAGACCCGGCAGAGAAAGCUUCGCUGAAUCACGGAGGGUAAAGCCCGCCAAGUAAACAAAUAUUAUGGAACCGACUCCUCUGUGCCACAUGCUUUGUUAGGCAUUGUGUCAAAAAAGAAAAGAUAAGGUACUUUGUCUAGUAUGUUAAAAAGCCCAGGAGAAUUUAAUCUAAAAGGAAAAAAAAUGCCAAUUUUCAAACCAUGACGGCUUUCUGUCUUUCCAUUGAAACAGUCCUGGCCCCUUCCCAGAAGGGAAUAAAGUAAGUGAAUAAAAUGAAGGAAAAAAAAGAAAAAGGAGGAAGGAAAGAAAAGGGAGAGAGAGAGAAAGAGCAAAGCCAGGAUGUGUAACCCCAAGGUCCAAAGAUAUCAUCACCCAAAUUGGAAAUCGUUUGUUCCGUCAUCAUUCAGCAGGUAAACUGACCCUAUCAUGUCCCAGGCGCGGGAGAUACUUUGGAGGAAAAAUGCUGCUCCUUCUUCCCAGAACUUACAUUUUCAUGGAAAUCGACACCAAUACAUCUUCUAAAUGUUUUAUGACCUACAAUGGUUAACGUUAAACAGCUUAUUGUCCUAAAGCUUGUUUUGAUCAGAUGAACAAGUUUAUAUCAGUUCUGUAAAGAAAGUGUCCUGCAGUUUAACUAUUUAACCAUGAAUUAAAGUACCUCUCUCUUCUCCUUCCCAUGAAGAAUCUCUCAGAUUUCCAUGUAAAAAUGAUGAAAAAGAAUCAGUAUGAGGAUACUCUCUCACAUUGAAUUGUUUCAACUCUUCUUAGUGUUUAGGCCCUCACAUCUCUGAAGGACCUCCUUACAGGUUAGGAGGGUAGAGGCCACCUGCCACCAACCCCCCCCACCCCAACCCACCCCCAUGCCUCGUCCCUGCAGUAGUCCCUCGUUGCAUACUCACAUUAGCACACAAUAUUAAAAUGAUGUUUACUUCCUGAGUCUUCCAGGACAGAUACUAGGCUUUAGUCCUAGUUUGUGCUUCCUGCCAGAAACAAAGCCUUAAAUAAGGGUUCCCUGUCUUCUCCAGUCGCUUUCAAACUCCUAGCACCUAGCAUGGGAAAUUACCUGUGGCCAGCUGCUCAGGAAAUGUGAGAACUGAGUGUGCCACACGCUGUAACUGGGGCUACUUGGGGCUUGCUGUCAGGCAGGGAGAUGCUUUUAUUUGGGCUUCUACCUAUAGGGAGUCUUGCCUUAAAUCAAGUCCAGAGUCCAAACAACAGACAGUCAGAUAGUCAGAUGCGCUGCCCAGCGAUGCCAGGAGCCACAGGAGCAGCGCCCAGCCCCACCAAGGACUGCCUUUCUCUCCCAGAAAAUCGUAGCGAGCAAGGCAGUCCCGGGCCAGGCUGAGCCCUAGCUCCCUAGCUUCCUGCCUUUGCUCAUCUCAGGUCUUCUUGAGGCCUCCAAAGCUAAGAGAUUUUUCCAGAGUACAUUUUCAGUGCACUGGAUGGAUGAACAUCAAGGGAAGGUGCACUAAGUGGACGGGUGUACUUAAAACAAAGAAGUUUUCUAUACAUAUUUCUCAGAAGUUCACUAGACAAGGUGGGAUGAUUGUUCCGCUUGGAGAUGGAACAGGAGACUUAAGUGCAUUAGAAAUAUUCCUUAUUCAUUUAACUUGGUGAAUGGAGUAACUUCAUACCAUGGAUUUGUCUUGCUUUUAUUACACUUACAUGUGUGGUUUCCGUGGUUUCCAGCUUGGAGCAAGGUUAUUGUGAUUUAAAUCAGAAACAUGAAAAGCCUCUGCCUACUGCUCUGGGGAUUGCUCCUCAAGGCAAAUACAUUAGAAAUGCAUAAAAUCUCAAGACAUGGUAUUUGGCAAAAUUUCCACUACAUUAAACUAGUUAUGUUGCUAUUGGCAUUUCACAAAGAAAGAAUUUUUUCCUUGAAAAAAAUUAGCAUGGCAUUUUUUUUCCUCUGCAGCUUAGAGCAGAGACAGUAGUGCCUUGCAUUAUGCAGAGUUAACACUCUGAAUUUUCAAGAAAAGUCUCUUGGAGAACACUAGGAUAAGAUUCCAGGUUUUGUCCAGAAGCUUUAUAAAAAGGCUGAGCGUGAAGAACCGCAGGUCUUUAGGCCCAACCUACAUUUUACUUCAAAGAUGUUCAAAUCUGGUUUUGUAACCCUCCCAAUCGGAGCCAGUGAUUUCAAAGGGAUUCACAAUUCUUCAGAAAGAUGAUUUUAUUUCUUUAUAAAAAGUGCUAAAUGAUAUGUGCUUCAUAGCAAUGUUAAUAUGGGGAAGGGAAGGACACCACUGACUAAGACAAUAAUAGAGUUUCACUAGGUAAAAACGUUGGCUACAUGUGCCUUCUUUACCAUUCACAGAUGGGGUUUGGGGAUUUGCCUUCUGAAGUCUGUAACUUCAAGAAAAAAAUCUACACUGCGGAUUGAUAUUUCUGGUCACUAUACAAAGCAAAUAAAACACUUUGUAACCACAUAUUAACUCUGCCAAGUGCCUAUAUUCCAAUAAAAUUUUCAUCCUUGAAAA